AACGAAUUAUUAAAAUACUUGUUUGUGUAAAAUCCUCAUUGGCGGACACGUCCGACGACGUCACGGUGAUGUCAUCAUACACCUGAGCGUAGUGAAGUGCAAAUCAACGUCCAUUCUUAAACUCUACUACGACCCAUCACAAAUACUUAAGACACAGAGCGAAAAUUUUGUUUUAUGAUAGAAGUGUUGUUGGUGAUUUGCUCUUACAGUGAAACAGAGCUCGUGACCUCGAGCUUAUCUGACCCCUGAGCCGUACUGUAGAUGAGAUUCUUCAUCAGGGAUGAUGGCGACCCGCUGGGGAAUCUGAGUCUAAUCUGAGGCACUGAAAACAUCAGUCAUGAUGAACACCAUCAGCUGGUUCACGUGUUCUGAAUGAAAACGUGUUGUGGAAGCAUGUUGCCUGCUGUGUUGUAACUGUGACGUCUAAUUAACAUCUUGGAUGACAUGGAGGAGUUGAUGAGUCAAUGGUUGUAGUUCUGAAGUUCUCAGGGAACCGGAUGGCGGUGUCUCAGCCCAUGUACUGCCCGACUCAUCUGGAGGAGAAUGGGCGGAGCUUUUUUCCUCUUCCUAAGCCCCGCCUCCCUUUGAACUUUAUGAACAGCACUGGGCUGAGAGAGUCUAAUAUCAUCUCCUCGUGUGUGUGUACAGGACUGAAAGAGAGCAGUAAAAUGUCAUCAUGGAUGAAGCCUGAAAACAGCUGCACUUGGUGUCGCGUGUCAGGCUCUUUGUGGAGUUUCGUACACCUUGGUAAUUAA